AUUAAUAUCUAAAUCCAAAUUCUGAUCAAACCCUUCGCUCAAAUGCUCAAGGCAUAUAUAAAUUUUGCUAACUGCGCGAUUCAAUUUCUUUCAUUUUGCUCAAGGCAUAUAUGUAAUCACUGAAUCAUUAAUUGAACAUGAGUUUGAAGGAUUAUUCUGGUGAGAAAAUACUGUUGAAGCUUGGGCCCUUCGGAUCAGAACGCGGAGGGAAAGGUUUUGAUGAUGGAGCUCAUUCAACAGUCAGGCAGUUGGUAAUAUCUCAUUCAUCGAAGUCGAACAUUAACUUUCUACAGAUUGAAUAUGAUGACAACGGGAGCUCAUUUUGGUCAGACAAGCAUGGUGUUGGGACAGGGUCUGACCCUAUUGACGAGAUUCAAUAUGAUGGCAACGAGAUCUCAUACCGUACUGACACGAUCAAGCUUGAUUAUCCGUACGAAUAUCUGAUUUCAGUUCAUGGAACAUAUUUUAAGUUCUGGCCCAGUAUUUGCUCCCUUACUUUUAGGAGCAACAAGAAAAGUUACGGACCAUAUGGAAACAAGAAAAGUUACGGACCAUAUGAUGAAGGCAAGCAGGAUAAGUAUUUUUCAAUCCAACCACCUGGGAAUAUGAUUGUCGGCUUUCAUGGUAGGGCUUGUGAGUAUAUGGGUAUCUGUGCAAUAGGAGCUUACCUGAAACCUAUUGAUCAUCAUUAUCAGAAUAAAAAGUACAAUCUCGAUGUCAUGCCGGCAUUACCAAAACCGUCAAAUCCUCUGCGUCAAGCUAGAUAUCCUUCUCAGACCAACCUCAGAAACAAACAAGAUGACGGCGACGAUGACAAACAAUCAACAUACACAAUUGCCGGUAACCAAGUCAACGGAAACGAGGGCGACCGGAAUGGAAAUUUCGUUGUUGGAAAUAACAUUAACAUUAUUUACAUUUUACACCCUGGUUUUUAAUUUCAUACCCAAAUAUCAAAUUUUGUCAGUUGAGUACUUGAUCUUACUUCCAUCAGACGUAUUCAUAUCCGGGGUUUUUAAGUGUCACAUCAUCGGUUAACUGUCAUAUCAGCAGUUAACUAACACCUAAGCCAAUAACAAAUUUUUGUGACGGAGUUUUUAACUCCGGGUUUGAAUAUGUCCAAGGAGGAAGUUCAGGUAUUCUAAUGAAACAAUUUCAUAUUUAGGUAUGAAAAUGAAAACUCCCCCGAUAAUGCGGGAGUAA